GUGUGGAGUCAUUUGGUUGUUGGCUUUUCAGCAUGAUGUCCAUACUCCGGUUUAUUCUGAAUGAAUUGUUUCAAAGUCAAGAAUAAUGGUUGUUUUUGGUACAAACAAAACAUGCUCAUUAUAAACAAACAAAAAAAACUUUCUGUUAUUUAAUUCAUGUAUACCAAUCUUAAUAAAAUGUAAUAAAUGCUUAAAUGUGUUAUUUUAUCUUCAAUUGCAAAAUAAAAUGAUGGAUGUUACUUGUAUAAUCGAUACCCAAUUUGGUGACAAUUUGGAGGGUAGACAUUGUGCGCUUUUAGAAAUUAAACAGAUAUGUUCUGCCCUUAAUGUAAAUUUUCAAAGAGUUCAGUUUGAAAGGCUUGAUUUUGGUGAAACAAACGUUCUCGAGACAUUCUAUAAUGCCGAUGUGGUUGUCGUCGAUUUGAGUAUUCAAGCUCAACAAAGUUCCUUAUUUUAUCAUUUGGGAGUAAGAGAAAGCUUCGGUAUGAAAGGCAACAUACUUACAUAUAAUGAUGUCCAAUAUAAGCAGACAUUAUGCUUAAAAAUAUCGUGUGGAAACUAUACAUUUUUACCUUACAAACUUUGCGACCAAGGCUUUUGUUACGUUACAACUUUUCAUAAAGAAACUGGAGAUUUAAAACUAUCCUCACUUCAAUCAAGAUUAAAACGAAUCCUUGAAGAUGUCGAAAUUCAAUCUAAGGCACACAUGAAGGAGAAGUUUUUAGCUGACCUUAGAGGUGCACGAGAAGAAUAUGCGUCUAACACUUCAAAACUUACAGAAAUAUUAGCUAAAAUGCGAACGAGGCUCGAUGAUCCCCAUGUACUAUCUGGUGAAGUAGUCCACAGUUUUAUGUGUUCUUUGCGUGACGUUCAAGACUACGAUUCAAUGGUACGAUUAGUAAAUGAUUUAAAAAGUAUCCCCAACACGCGAAAAUAUGUUGAGACCGGUAAUAUGUGUUUUCUAUACGCUUUUGCUCUCAACAGAAGAAACAAAAAAGGAGAUCGAGAAAAAGCAUUGGCGUCUUCUUUAAAAGCAUUAGAAAAAAAAGAAAACGAAUUUCCCGAUAUGCUUUGCCUUUGUGGUAGAAUUUAUAAGGACAUUUUCGUUGAAUCAGAUUACAGUGACACAAACAGUUUGAGGAAUGCAAUCAAAUGGUAUAGACAAAGCUUUGAAAUUCAACCCAAUGAGUACGCAGGAAUUAAUCUAGCUACGCUUUUGGUUAUAGAUGGAAGAGAGUUUAGCAACACCGAAGAAUUGCAGCAUAUAGCUAUGACAUUAAAUAAUUUAAUUGGAAAAAAGGGAAGCCUUGCGACACUGAGCGAAUAUUGGGACGUUGCAACAUUUUUUGAAAUAUCUGUUUUAGCAGAAGACUACACAAAAGCGAUUCAAGCUGCAGAGUGUAUGUUUAAAUUGAAACCGCCAAACUGGUAUUUAAAGUCAACUAUAGGAAAUAUUGCUCUAAUUCACCGGUUUAGAAAAAAAACAGAUGAUUACUGUUGUGAUAUUAAGCAACAGGUUUUUCAAUUUUGGAUUGAUUUUUUCCUAGCAGCCACUAGUUCUGAAGAACCAAAUAAUAUCCGGUUUCCAAUUUUGAUAUUUGAGCCACAAAAAAUUAACAUGCCAAGUUAUAUAACAAUAAAUAUGGGAGCAGAAGAGAAAUCGAUACAGAUUGUUAAUUUAUGUUUAAGGCAUUUAACUAACGCGUGUAAGAAAGUUCAUGACUUCGUUUUUACCGCUAGUCAAAUUAAAUCUGUUAGCUUAUAUAAACGUGAUGAUAGAUGCGCUUAUCUGUAUGUUCAUCAUAAUUCCGAUGAUUUUCAAAUAUAUUUUCCUACAACGAACUGUCGACAGAAAUUUUAUGAACUUGUACUUGAAAUGGCAUCGGAUCAAGAAGUUUUUGUUAAUCUAUCAAUUAAUGAAACGCAAAUUGAGUACGAAUAUGAUCUAGAUGACCAAAAUAGAAAAGUUAUAUUGGGGAAGGGAACCUACGGAGUUGUUUAUGCUGCUCGGGACCUUCAAACACAAGUGCGGAUAGCCAUAAAAGAAGUACCUGAAAAAAAUUCACAAGACGUUCAACCGCUGCAUGAAGAAAUUAAAUUGCAUUCUCAACUGCGGCACAGAAAUAUUGUUCAAUACUUAGGUUCUUUAUCAGAAGAUGGAUAUUUCAAAAUUUUUAUGGAACAAGUUCCUGGGGGAUCCCUCUCAGAUCUCCUUCGAGAAAAAUGGGGACCCCUUAAAGAUAAUGAAUCAACUAUGGCAUUUUACUCAAAGCAAAUUCUGGAAGGCCUUCGAUAUUUACACGAACAAAAAAUUGUGCACAGGGAUAUAAAAGGAGAUAACGUUCUUGUUAACACCUAUAGUGGGGUUGUAAAAAUAUCGGACUUUGGGACUUCUAAACGGCUUGCGGGACUAAAUCCGAUAGUUGAAACUUUUACCGGAACAUUGCAAUACAUGGCUCCAGAAGUAAUCGAUCAAGGUCUGCGAGGAUAUGGGCCUGCAGCUGAUAUUUGGUCUUUUGGUUGUACAAAUGUAGAAAUGGCAACGGGAAAACCUCCGUUUAUAGAACUCGGUUCUGCCGAAGCAGCUUUGUUUAAAGUAGGGUUCUAUAAAAAACACCCAACUAUACCCUCAGAACUUUCAUCUAUGGCACAAAAAUUUAUUCUUCGCUGUUUUGAAGUAAAUGUUUUAGAUCGCCCUACAGCUGUGAGUCUACUAGAAGAUCCUUUUAUAUCUGACAAACACCCCAAACUUCGAGUUGGAAGCAGCACAAACGAGUUUAGUAGAAGUAUAUCAGUACCAACAGAGCGUUUAGCAUGUACAUCAAACGCAAUGAUAAAACACUUCUCGAAUAGUAACUGUAAUACACCUACAACACCAGAACUUGAUUUCAAUACUACCAGCAUUAUAAAUGAAGAGCAGUCGUUAGACAGGAGGAAUUCAUCGGGAUUUCUCUUAUCUCCGGAAAUUGAUUUGAGUUGUACUUCAUCUAAAAGUAACUUUUCUGAAACAAAUGAUGUCGAUGGUUUCUACAUGCUAAAGAAGGAUUCACAAAGAAGAAAAACUCUGUUUAAGGUACUUGAAAAUGAUGAAAUCCAAAUCUGUGAUUCUUGGAUCAAUAAAUUAGAAAACGACAACAGAAACAAACUUGCUAUACAAAAAAAAGAUCUAUGCGCAAUGAUACGAGGUCUAAGACAGUACAUUGUUGAUGAAAAUAAGGAUAACCUUGAAAAGUCUAUAAAUGAAGUUAAAGAAUCAUUGGAUUUUGAUACAACAGCUAUCGAUCACCUACAUUUGGCCCUUUAUUCAUUUCAAGAAUCUGUCAUAAGCGUUUUGAGAAUGCAUUGUAUCAAACCACAUUGGAUGUUUGCUUUGGACAAUUUAGUAAAACGAGCUGUUCAAGCUGGAAUAAUGAUUCUUUCUCCAGAACUGGGGGCUAACUUAGCGGGACAAGAAAAUCUGCCAAAUCUUGAAGAGGACCUUAAAUCUGUUAAUAAAGGCGAAAAAGAUUUGAAUUUAUCUAUCGAUGAAAAAUCUACCUGUAAAUUGUCACUUUUAAAUGAAAUCCAACAACUUCUGGAGAGAUUAGUUGAAUCUCAGAAGACUAUGCAAACUAUAUAUAAAUCUUAUGUUGAACAACAAAGGGAAAAAAUCGAGGUACUUAAGAAGGUUGACAUUGGAGUACAACGCUUAUACGAUGUAUUUAAGGAUUCGAGGUUCUCUCCCGAAACUAACUCUAUUUUACAUAAAAAAACGAACAAACGAAGAAAAAACAAAAUAUUGAUCAGAACCAAAAUACCUAAGCAAGUGGACAAACGUUUAAGCGAGUGGUUGAACAAAAAUAUAUUUGAUAAGGAAACAACGGCGGUCAUAUUAUUAGAAGAGUUUUCUUAUAAUGACUUUAUUUUUCAUACAUCAAAAUCAGAUAUAUCAAGGCUUGGCUUAAGAAUCGGAAAGGAAAUCCGCUUAUGGAAUCUCAUAAAGUUAGAAAGAGAAAAUGUAAAAUGCAGUGCUGGAGGAUCUGCAAUCAGUUUUUCUUCCGAUGAAACCGACUGUGUGUUUGAAUCGUGUGAUGAAUAGUAUAUAAAGAGAAACAACAUUGUUUGAAAAUAAAAAUUAUUUACAUGCCGAACUUUUUUAA